GUCUGAUUUAAUCGUUACAGCAAAUGGCAGCAGCAGAAUGUUACGACAACCAAGGAAUGCUGAGAUCUGAGUUAGAUAUCAACGGAAAACCCAUCAACGGAAAUACUUGCAUUAACAUGGACAGCCUCAACAACAAGUGUGUCGGAAUCAACAUGAAGAGCGACACCGCUGCGCAGCUGAACGAAAAACAGAACUUUUACAACCCGUACCAACACCGCGACGUAAAACACCCCACAACAUAUUUCGACACGCUGAUACAUCUCCUAAAGGCCAGCCUGGGCACGGGAAUUCUGGCCAUGCCAAGCGCUUUCAAAAAUGCCGGUUACGUGGUGGGCACGUUGGGUACGAUCAUCAUCGGAAUACUGUGUACAUUCACGAUACAUUUGCUGAUCACCGCAUCGCACGAGCUAUGCAUCAAGAGAAAAGUGCCCAGUCUCACGUAUCCUGGUACCGUGGCGGCGGCUUUCGAAGAGGGUCCCAAGUUCACCAGAGUAUUGGCUCCUUACGCCAGAAUGAUGACAAACAUGUUCCUWGUACUUUACCAAAUUGGUUCCAGUUGUAUUUACGUGGUGUUUAUAGCUAGCAAUCUCAAAGUGGUCGGCGAUGCCUACCUCGGUGGCAACACUGACGUGCGGAUGUACAUGGUGUACAUAUUGAUCCCGCUGAUAUUGAUCUCUUGGAUAAGGAAUCUGAAACUCUUGGCGCCGUUUUCCUCGAUCGCCACUUGCCUGACCAUCGUGAGUUUUACGUUGAUUUUCUACUACAUUUUCCGGGAAGCUCCAUCGUUCGUCGACCGCGAACCAGUCGGUACCGUCAAAAGCAUACCGCUGUUCUUCGGCACUGUGCUUUUCGCCAUGGAAGCCAUCGGCAUGGUCUUGCCACUUGAAAACGAAAUGAAGAACCCCAAGAAAUUUGGUAGUAUGUUCGGCGUGCUUAACGCAUCCAUGUUGCCCAUCUCCGUCUUAUACACAGUUGUCGGAUUACUCGGUUACCUGAAAUACGGCGAAAAAACCACCGGCAGCAUCACACUCGACAUGCCCCAAACCGAAGUCCUCUCUCAAGUCGUGAAACUCCUUCUGUCGAUUUCCAUAUACAUUACUUACGCUCUGUCCAACUACGUGGCGUUCGACAUCAUCUGGAAGGGAAUGGAACAAAAGAUGGAAAAGAACGAGCACAGAAUCUGCUGGGAGUAUGCACUUCGCACGUCCAUAGUGAUCAUCACAUUUUUCUUCGCCAUCGCCAUACCGAACUUGGAGCACUUGAUCUCGCUGAUCGGCGCUUUUUGUUUGUCCUCUGUGGGCAUCGCGUUACCAGCCAUCGUCAGUUUCCUGACGUUCUCCGACGUCUACAAGGACGAAGGAAGUGUGCGGUUCGGUUUGUUCUGCCUGCGCAACCUGCUGAUUAUCCUCAUCGCCAUAUUCGCGUUCGUGAUCGGCGUGUCCACGAGCGUGUCCGACAUCAUACAUCAUAUGACGUGAUUUMCCCAGUUUCAAUCAGCGUGAAGUUCGUUUCAGUGACGGGUUUUAUGGUCGACCCRCACCGAAAACAGACUAUACGACAACUGCAACAACAACAACAAAAAAACAAACAACAACGAUGACGGCGACCGAUGGUUGUCGUGCGUCGGGUAGUUAAAUACGUUUUUUUUUCCACCUCACUCACGAGUAACGACCAAUCAUUGUUUAUAUUAUUACAUCAAUAUUACGCGUUUACUUCGGUGAACUCUUACACCGUGUAACGAUUAAGACAACUUUACUCAAAUCCAGUAUUCUAUCACACCAUUGAACUACAAUAGUUUGCGUUGUUGGUUUAGAAUUCUGUCGAUGGAUAGUGCCAACUCAGUAUUUUUAUUGUGGUUUUAAAAUUAUCGUAUUUGGUUUUAUUAAUAUUGUCAACUCUUGUUAAUGGAAUCCAACGUUUAAAAUCAAAAUAAUAAUAAUAAUAAUAAUAAUACCAACUUAGGUGGUUAGUUUACUAAUCGGCCCGAGUACGGCACGGGCUGGUUUUCAGAUUAAAAUAUUAUACUAUCAUGUAUUUUAGUGUAAAUUAAAAUUCUAUUAAAUCAUACGAAAAUGCGUGCGAUGAUCAGUGCGUUUGGCAAAAACAGUAGUUUUUAUUGACUUUGAAACGUUUGGAACAAAUAUAAAGAAAAAUAUUCAUGGUUUUUUUUUUAAAAAUUUUUUUUUUCUACUUUUGAUGUUAAAUAUUGAACUAU